AUGCCCCAUGCUCCCCAGCUCUCAACCGUGACGCAAUUAAAGUCCCGUUGCCCAUCUUUUGCUGCGCACGUAACUUUUGCGCCUCCUGCCCGCACACACGCACGUACUCACUCGACGCACUGCUCUCGAGUCUCGUGUGCCAGCAGCUACAGCUACAGCUACGGAUACAGCUACGUAACCCAGCCGACAGCCAGCAUUUCCAAGAAGCUCCUCCUCAUCGGCUCUGUCAAACUUUACCUCAGAGCUCCCUCCCCCGCCUCGGCCCAUCCGUCAAUUCCGUGUCCGUUCAUCAUCAUCAUCAUCCUCCCUAGGCUUGCUUCCGUGAACUCUGCCAUCAUUCCGUCCAACAUCACCGCCGUCCUCGUCCUCCUCGUCGCCAUCCUCACCGCUCUAUUCUACGCCAGAUUCCCUACGAACCCCACCGCCGCCGAUAUGCCAGACUACACGACGGGCGUGAUGCCCUUGUACCAGGUGCACAAACCUCCCUUCUCUGUCGAGUCGCCUGGGUACGAGCGCGUUGAGGGCGAGACUCUUCCCCGUCGCCAUUGGAAAGCCAAGAAUGGUCUCCGAACCCAACCCCAUCCCGACGUUCACACCGUCUACGACAUUGUCAAGCGAAGUGCCCAGGUCUACCCUAACGAGCCUGCCGUUGGCACCAGGAAGCUCGUGCACCUUCACAAGGAGAAGAAGAAGGUCCCCAAGAAUGUCGAUGGAGAGGUCAUAGAGGUUGAAAAAGAGUGGCAGUAUUUCGAGCUGUCCCGUUACUCUUACCUGACCUAUGCCGACCUCCUCACCUAUAUCAACCAGAUUGGCUCAGGCCUGCGGAAGCUGGGUCUGAGCAAAGGAAGCAGAGUCCACCUAUUCGCUACCACAACUGCAAACUGGAUGGCCAUGUCCCACGCCUGCGGCUCCCAGUCCAUCUCUAUUGUCACCGCUUACGAUACCCUCGGCGCCAGCGGCGUCGAGCAUUCGCUGCUCCAGUCCAAUGCCGAUGCUAUGUACAUCGACCCUCAACUCCUCAAGACAGCAAGCGGUGCUCUGAAGAAGGCCGAAAAUGUCAAGUUUGUCAUCUACAACAACAGCUCCCUCUUUUCCGAUGGCACUGAAGUCGACGCCUUCAAGAAGGCCAACCCCGAUAUCAAACUUGUUAGUAUCGAGGAGGUGCGUGCAUUAGGCGAGGAGAACCCCGUUGAGACCGUAGAGGCAAAGCCUGAGGACUUGUUCUGCAUCAUGUACACUUCUGGUUCCACGGGUCCGCCGAAAGGUGUGCCCAUGACUCACGCUGGAACUGUGGCUGCGAUUACUGGUCUCUGGACCUGCGUCGAAGAGUGUGUCAGCAACAAGGAAUAUGUUCUGGCAUACUUGCCCUUGGCCCACAUCUUUGAGCUCGUACUGGAAAACCUCGUCUUGUUCGUGGGUGGCACCCUUGGUUAUGGUAACCCGAGAACCCUUUCGGAUACGUCGGUCAAGAACUGCGCUGGUGACAUGCGCGAGUUCCGGCCGACGGCCUUGGUUGGUGUGCCUCAAAUUUGGGAGACGGUGAAGAAGGGUGUCAUUGCCAAGGUCAACAGCUCUGGCCCUCUCAUCAAGGCCCUCUUCUGGGGAGCCUUCAACUAUAAGACUUUCAUGGUCAAGCACGGUCUUCCCGGCGCUACCAUCUUUGACAAUGUCGUCUUCAAGAAGGUUCGCGAGUUGACGGGUGGUCGUCUCCGCUUCAUUAUGAAUGGCGCGAGCGGUAUCUCGGAUGGGACGAAGCACUUCCUGUCCAUGACCCUGGCGCCUAUGUUGACAGGUUACGGACUGACCGAGACAGCCGCCAACGGUGCCCUCGGUGACCCCCUGGAGUACACUUCCGAUGCUAUUGGUUCCAUUCCCGCUGCUGUUGACCUCAAGCUCGUGUCCAUCCCCGAUCUGAACUACUACGCCGACUCCAACCCUCCCCAGGGUGAAAUCUGGGUCAAGGGACCCGCCGUGCUGAAGGAGUAUUACAAGAACCCCGAAGAGACGGCCAAGGCCAUUACCGAGGACGGCUGGUUCAAGACGGGUGACAUUGGCGAGUUCGACAAGGUCGGCCACGUCAAGGUCAUUGAUCGCGUCAAGAACCUCGUCAAGAUGCAGGGUGGAGAGUACAUUGCCCUCGAGAAGAUGGAAUCCGUCUACCGCGGCAGCCCCUUUGUCGCCAACAUCAUGGUCUACGGCGACGGCGAGCACUCCCGCGCCAUCGCCGUCGUGGCUCCCAAUGAAAAGGUCCUCGCCGAGGAGGCGAAGAAGCUUGGUGUUGAUGAGCACAGCAUGCACACUGACAGCAAAGUCGUCGACGCCGUUCUCAAGGAUCUCAUCUCCAACGGAAAGAAGGCUGGACUCUCUGGUCUUGAGAUUGUCGGCGGCGUCGUCCUCUGCGAGGAGGAGUGGACACCCGAUAGCGGUCUCGUCACUGCGACACAAAAGGUGAACAGAAGAGCGAUCAAGGAUAAGUACAAGAAGCAGAUGGAUAAGGCUUUUGGCAACUAA